CCUCACCAAUUUAUUUUUUCGUCCACUUGACAAUAUUUUCAAGUUGGCUGGGUCAAUUUCAUGGAUAGACCUAGAAAAAUUUAAAUAAAUAAUAGCCAGGUUGAUAUUGAAAAUAUUUAGGCUUGAAUAUUGUUCAGCUGUAUAACUGCUAUUCAGUAUACUAUAGUUGAAUGCAUUAGGUGGCAAUGCCCCCUACUUAUUUUUUUACUUGUCUAAUGUCAGAUUAUUUCAUUUGUCAGGGGGGAAGCUCUGCCACUUAAUGUGUUAACUACAAAAGCUGACAAUCUCUCGAGUUAACGCAUUAAGUGGCAAUGUGCCCGGCAUGCCCUACUUAUUUUUUACUUGUCUAACGGCAGACAAUUUUACUCAUUAGUGUGGAAGCUCUGCCCCUUAAUGGGUUAAUAUAAAGAUCAAAUGAUCUUCAAGACAGUGUUGUUUCAUGAAUUGACAGCUACUGUAAGCACAAACUAUUGUUUCAAAAGGUUGGAGACAUAUGGUCAUAUCUGUAGCUAGCAUUUCAUGAGUACCCCAUUAAUGUUCAAAUUGCUUUCUCUUCUUAAUUGGCCAGUACAAUAGUAACUCCAAACGAGCAGAACAUUUUGAGCACAUUCUAGCUUCGGAAUAAAAAAGCUAGUAAAGUGAGCUAAAAUUUACAACAUUUCACAACCAAACUUUGAAAAUAUACUAAUUUUAGUAUGCUCUUUUCCAGCUUUGGUGAUUUAUUUGAAUCUCCUUGUCUAUUUCAGUCCAUAAUUGGAAUUGUCAAUUGUGUCUAAAGUUUUUAUGAAUCAUGCAAGAUAAAUGUACUAGGGACAGAGGAUUCUAAAUACUAUACUAUUACACCAUUUAUAUCAGACUCCCUAUGUACAAAGGCCCAAAUCAAACAUUCAUCCCAUCGCUUUCCACCCACAGCAAAGUUUGUAUUGAGUAUUGAAUGAAAAUGUUGCAGGGGAAAUUUAAAUUUCACACAAAAUUUGAAUUAUAGUUUUGAUCACUGUAUCAUCAUUCAAUCAAAUGCAGAUUCAAAAAGAUUUUGUCUAAUCGGGCAAUCAGACAAAAAAGCCUGAAUCUGGCUUUUUACAUGCAGCAUGGUAAAGAAUAUAUCAGGUCCUCCUUCAUUUGUCGCUGCCAAUCAAUCAUAGCGAAUGAAAACAUACUGUAGGCCUGGGGCAUGAUACUUAGGUUACAUUGUUGGUCAAUGUUCCACUUCAUUUAAUAAUAUAAACCCCUGCCUAUAAAUGCAGUUUUCUAAGAUGUGGCCAGAACUGCCAAAUGAAUUCUGUUAAGGUUGGAAAAAAAUAUUUCAUUUCUGCAAGGGGUCUCUUAAAUCCCAGCGUUAAAAAAGCACAUAUUAAUAUUAUUCAAUCAAAAUUGCUUAGAUUCUGGAGGGUCAAAUAUACUCCAUAAGGGGGGGGGGAAUUAUACUGAAUAUAAUGUGGGGUGCUUUAAUGCAGUAUAACAGUAUUAAGUAAAUACACACAAUUUUAGCAAUCUAUCGAUAUAACCCUGCUUCUAUAAACUGCUCAAAUUAAAUAUAAGGAGCAAUAUACAUGUACUUACAUACGAGACGUAGUACGCAAAGACUUUUCCUCUCUCCACUUUCUCCAAAAAAACUCGGCCUUCGAUCUCAUUUCAGUCGUUGUGGCUUUCAAUUCUUUCUCAAUAUUUUUCUUUAUUUUCUCCUCCAGCCGUCUUUGCUUGACAUUUCUGGUCUCUUUACGUUUCCUUUCUCGUAAUUUCUGUUUACGUCGGCGACGUUUAAGGCGCACUUCCUCGACAUUAUUUGGUCUGGAGAGACGACGCUGCUUCGCAGGUAUAAAACAAUUCUGUUCAGCCUCUGGUGGCACUGGGCUUUUAGCUUCCAGAAGGCUGCGCAUUCCACUGGUAGCAAGUGCGCCACUCGCUGUGUGGAAAGACUGGUUAAAAUGUGCCAUUUCAACCGGUUUUGCGCAAGGUAUACCACCAAAAGCUUUACAGAAUUUUUCAAUUUAAGGCUUUUCAAAAUAUUUGUCGUUCGUUGUCAUUGCGCCAAAGUACGUAAUGUGUGCUUCCCGCGCUUUUGCGUUAUUUAACAAUUAUGAAUUUAUGAUAUUUGUCUCCGAUCGGAUAACUGUCCCCUAUAGGGUGGGUAGGCAACUCAUAAUAUGUCUGUUCUAUAAAUAACGCGACUAAAACAAUGGCGGAUUAUCGUUGUAGAGGAAAUGUGCACGGAAUCAAUUUUUAAAUGACUUAGUAUUCGUAAGGAAGCCCAAUUUACAUUUAGGCCAGUGCUUUUCUAGGUUAUCUGGGUAAAGACUUUGAUGUUCGUGUGUUAUACCUAACGGAAGAAAUAUGAUAACGAUAGAAUCCUGCUGUGAAAGUUUUCUACAACCAAUGAAAUAUUGGACGUGAUCGCGCUCAAUUAUAAAUCUACAUACAAUUCAACAAUCAACUGUGUCAAUGUGUUCAAAGUCCUUUCGCGACAAACAGCUGAAUCUGACUUCACUGGAUUUUUCGACAUAUCCACUGAAAUGUCUUUGCCCGAUCAGUACGUUUUAUUAUUACAAAAUGUGGUCGAGGAAAACAGGCUCUUGAGAGCUCAAAUGGCUAAUACCAUUUCAAGCAAUGAAAGUGCUUUGAAAAAUAUUGAAACAAAAAUGGACAUCUUGUCCCAGACAACUUCACCUGGCAGACGAGUCAGACAGACCGGGCAGAACAAACAUAAAGUGCCCAAAGCUUGCAGUAAUAAUGUCCGAAGAAAACUCAAGGCUCUUAGGAGUGCUGAUGAAAAUAUGCACUUUAGAUUAACUGAAAGCCCCGAUUCUCAGCAAAAUUCACAGCUAUUUAAAAGAGUGGCAGAAGAACUGCAACAUGAAUUUGGUGGUCAGGAAAAUUGUCCUUGGCCAACGGUUGUUUUAAAAGAGGCGUUUAAGAGGUAUUUCAAGUCAUGCAAAGCAAAACAGAAAAGAGUUGCUCUUGGAACAGAACAGCAACACGUUCAAAUUUGCAGGAGAAGGAGCAGAAAGGAGGAGAAACUAGCGAGAAGAUUAAAAACGAUCGAGAAAAUGGGUUGGAACCAGACGAAAGUGGCAAAGGUGGCAGACGUCAUGAGAAUGGACUAUAUGUCCUCUGAAAAAAGCGAGGUAGACGAGGAAACAAAUAGGAUUAAACACUACAAGGUUCGGAAGCUUUCUUGGGAAAGCAGAGAAUUAAAGCGAACUAAGAAGAAGCUUGAUAAAAACCACAAGGAUUCGCUACCUGGAUUGUCCAAACGAGCUGUUACACCAAGAGAGGAAGGAGAACCCUCCGGUAAACCAAAACCAGCCAACUGUCCUGGUUGGGCGUGUGUUGUUCUAACUGAAGACCCGACAAAUGAACCAGUUGGAGCACAAUAUUUAGCCGAGGAUGAUUUGAAUCUGUCACGAUAGACUCUUUAGUUAAAAAUUGCUACAAAAUUAUUUCAGUUACAUGUACAUUGACGAUGGACAUCCUAGAAGAUGCAAAUAAUUAUGUAUGCUAGUCCGAUGCUCUACCAAAUGAGCUACAAGGCCAAGUCGGUUCUUAAAUAUAUGUUUACUCCGAACUCAAAGUUCAGUGCCCUUGUUUAUUGGUCUCUAGACGCGCAAUAUAUUUUUGAAAAUAUAUUGGCUAUUGCGCGUCUGGAGAUCGAUGCACUGAACUGUAAUUUAAUUGUUGAAAACACCAUAUUAUUCACCGUACCAGAAACAUCACAUCAUGCAAUAAUAUUAGUAUAGGAAUCAUGGAUGUAUACUAUACAUUACGACUUAUCUAUUUAUUUAAAAUGAUGAAUUUUUGUAAAUACACGGGUAUAGAGGGAAAUAAAUGCUUUUUUGCAAUGAACUGGUGAUGCUUGUAUUUGUUUGACUAUAGCUAGCUAUACGUGUAGCUUGUACCAAAUAUAACGAUUAGAAAUUUAAGUUUUAUUGCGAGUUGAGCUUGUAAUUGAAUGGAAAUCAGUUUCUUCGUUUAUUUACAUGGAAUAGGUUAUAUAAGUAUAACAGCCAUGCAGCUAACGAAUUAACAAAAGCUGAAUUAUUGUGAAUAUAAUAGGUUAAUUAAAGACAGUUUAAAUGUGCAUUUACGCAAGGUUUAAUCAAUGUUUUAAGGCGAUUAAUCUAUACUUAUCUCACGCUUUAUCGACCUUUAAACAAUGUAUUAAAUCUACUUUUAAUACACUUUAGCCAACUAGCACAUUUAUGAUUAAAAUCGACUUUAGUCAAAAAAGUCAAGAUAUUAAAGGCAAUUAUACGUUCCUUUAAACUGCCUUAAUCUGCAUUUAAUCCACUUAAUUAAAUCUGCCUUUAGCACACUUUAAUCAACAUUUAGUCUUAAGUAUUAAUCCCGCCGUUAAUACACUUAGUACUGAACAUUAAACGUGUCUAAAGGUGUGUUUAGUGUAUUUAAUAAAUCGCAUUAAGUGUAACUAAACACCAAUAAAAUACACGAUUAAUCUGCCUUUACAACCGUAUUAAGGGCACGCUUU